AUGGCUCAUCUCCCCAAGAACGUUGACGUCUUGAUCGUGGGCAGUGGCAAUGCCGGAUUCGCAGCAGCUCUGUCUGCGGCCGAGAACGGAGCCAAGAACAUCCUACUCAUAGACAAGUGCCCUGAAGAAUGGGUGGGUGGUAAUUCUUAUUUUACUGCUGGCGCCUAUCGAAUCGCCCACGGCGGACUAAACGAUCUUUUACCCUUUGUCAACAAUGUUUCCCACGAACAAGCAGGAAAAAUUGACCUUGCGCCAUAUACCGAGAAAGACUUCCAGGAUGAUAUGGACAGGGUGUGUAUGGGACGUUCAGAUCCAGAGCUGGCCAAGACACUUAUUCAAAACUCCAAUUCAACUAUCAAAUGGCUAGCUUCAAAUGGUAUCCGCUUCCAGCUUUCUUUCAACAGACAGGCAUACGAAGUUGACGGGCGGAUUAAGUUCUGGGGCGGUCUCCACAUCAAGACCCAGGAUGGAGGCAAGGGUCUUAUCGAAGACUACCUUGCUGCGAUCAAGAGGCGGGGCGUUCAGGUUUCGUGGUCAACAGCGCUCACAGGGCUACAAAAGCAUUCAACUGACGACAGUUACGACGUUAAGCUGUUAGUUAAUGGCUACAAACGCUCACUCAACGCUAGCGCUGUCGUAUUGGCUGCAGGAGGAUUUGAGUCCAACCCUCAGAUGCGAAGCCAAUUUCUUGGUGCUGGGUGGGACAUGGCUAUGGUCCGCGGAACACCUUACAACACUGGAGAUGUUUUGAACCUAGCCAUCGAACAGUUAGGCGGGAAAGCUGUCGGAAACUGGUCGGGGUGCCAUUCUGUGGCUUGGGACGCUAAUGCUGACCCAAAUACUGGCGAUCGAGAAGCCUCCAAUGAGUACACCAAGUCGGGUUACCCUCUGGGCCUCAUGUUGAAUGUUGAUGGCCAGCGUUUUGUCGACGAAGGUGUUGACCUGAGGAAUUACACUUACGCAAAGUUUGGCCGUGCUAUCCUCCAGCAGCCAGAACAGCUAGCCUUCCAGGUUUGGGAUUCAAGGACCAUGGACUGGCUGCGGAUGGAGGAAUAUCGCGAGGAGCGUGUCGAGCGCAUUUUUGCAAAGACAGUGGACGAGCUCGCCCAAAAAUGUGCCGAGCGUGGACUCCGAGACAAAUCCGCUUUUGUCGACACAAUCCGAGAGUACAACGAAGCAGUAUACGCGCAUCGCCAAGAGAACCCCGACGCCAAAUGGGACCCCGCCAUUAGAGACGGCGUCUCAACUCAGUCUUCAAAGAAGAAGCUGGCUUUGGCCAAGUCAAACUGGGCUUUGCCCUUGGAUAAGGGUCCCUACAUGGCAGUCAAGGUGACUUGUGGUAUCACCUUUACCUUUGGAGGUGUCAAAGUUGAUCCGCAAUCCGCCCAGCUAAUCCAUGGGGUGACAGGCUCUCCAGUGCCAAACGUGUUUGUCGCGGGAGAAAUGGUGGGAGGCCUAUUCUAUUCUAACUAUCCCGGGGGAAGUGGAUUGACGUCUGGUGCAGUAUUUGGAGCGAAAGCUGGGAAGGCUGCUGCAAAUGUCGUUGCAAAGAGACAAGCUCAAUCUUUUUCAAGCCGUUUGUGA